CAAACAAAAAUGCUAUUAAUGAUCGCACUCGACUUGACACUGGAGUCAAUCUUGGUUCAUCAAAGUAAAAAAGGCAGAAAACAGACACGAUGACAUCUGUUUUUGACGCCUUGAUUAAACACGUGGCCAGCGGCCUGCUACAGCCUACUGCCUACAGAUGCAAAUCAGUACCAGGCGUGCUCUCCGUGAGCUCUACGCCUCUACCUGUGUCUUGGCGACGACUGGGCGACCGACGACGCAGCCGUAGGACAGGCGACCGACGACGCAGCCGUAGGAUAGGCGACCAGGUCUUCCUGUUGGCUCUUGCCCUUCGCCGGCGACGAGCACCCGCCAGGUCUUGACACAUCUAUCUUGACUGGAUAACUUACCUUGUUAAUGAAGGUUUCUCUGAUAUUCCGGUGGCCUAGCAGUUACUGUGGAGGAUAUUCAUUUGUGUUUAUCAUUUAUUUGGUCUUGUUCAGGGCCACAACGACAUUGGGAACAAGUGUAUGACAUACAAACAGUAAAAUGGGAAGGAAAGGGUCAGAAGUAUCACCAAGCAAAAGGUAUCCCUUGAGGUCUGCACAUAGUAGUGGUAGAGUUCUUCGCUCUGCCUUAGCCAAUAAUAAUAAGGACAGUGAGCCUCUGAAUGCGGCUGCUGCUACCCAAGCAGCUGUGAAAAAAAGAAGUGGCAACCAGCUAGAUAGUCCUAAUAGCACUGUCAGGCUACUUCGUUCUACAUCAAAAAAUAAGGACGAGGCACAUAGCGGGCCUCUAAAUGACAGGAUCAUUGAUAAGCCAGCUGCAAAUAAAAGAAAACAUGCCAAUCCCUCACAGGUUGGAAGUCCCAGCAGCAGUGUCAGGGUGCUUCGCUCUGCAAUAAAAAAUAAAGAUAUGGCGCGCAGUGAGCCUCAAAGUGACAGGACCGCUGGUGAGGCAGCUACAAAUAAAAGAAAAAACGCCAAUUCCUCAAAGGUGGGGAGUCUGAGCUCUGGUCUCAGUGUGCUUCGGUCUGCUUCAAAAGCUAAGGAUGAGACAUGUAUCAAACCUUUAAAUGAUAGUGCUGCUGUUGAACCAGCUUCAAGUAAAAGAAAAUGCACCAGUCCGUCAAAGGUGGGAAGUCCCAGCAACAGUGUCAGGGUGCUUCGAUCUACUUCAAAAUAUAAGAAUGAGACAUGUACCGAGCCUUUAAAUGAUAGUGGUGCUGUUGAACCAGCUGCAAAUAGAAGGAAAGGUGUCAGUCGUUCAAAGGAGGGAAGUCCCAAUAGCAGUGUCAGGGUGCUUCGCUCUGCCUCAAAUAAUAAGAUUGAUGUAUCUAUUGAGCCACUAAAUAAUAGUACUACUGGUCAACCAGCUGCGAAAAGAAGAAAGAAUGGCAGUUCCUUUAAGAGCAGUGCCAGGGUGCUUUGCUCUACCUCAGAAAGGGCAAAUGAGGCAUCUAGUGAGCCUUUAAAUGAUAGUACUGCUGCUCAGCCAGCUGCGAGGAAAAAGAAAGGUGGUGCAAUGCCAAAGACUGAUAACCCAAAGAUUGGUGUCAGGGUUCUUCGCUCUGCCUCAGGAAAGAAGAAUGAGACAUGUACUGAGCCUGUAAAUGGCAGUACUUCUGCUGAACCAACUGUGACAAAAAAAAGAAAUUGCAAGCCUUCAAAGGAUCGCAGUCCCAAGAAGGACUACUUAAAAAUUUGUCAAAGAAUUAAAUAUAUUUUGAAUCGAAUGAAGUAUGAACAAGCCUUUAUUCAGGCUUAUGCAAGUGAAGGUUGGAAAGGCCAAAGUUUGGAAAAAAUAAGACCCGAGAAGGAGCUUGAACGAGCCAAGGCAGAAAUCCUUCAAUGCAAGUUAAGAAUCCGGGAAGCUUUUCGAAAUAUGGACUCUCUUUUAUCGAAGGGGAAGCUUGAAGAAUCUUUGUUUGAUUCAGCAGGACAAAUUUCAAGCGAAGAUAUAUUUUGUGCCAUAUGUGGCUCAAAGGAUGUUACUUCACAAAAUGACAUCAUUCUUUGUGAUGGAGCCUGUGACAGAGGAUUCCACCAGAAUUGUUUGAGCCCUCCUUUGCUAACUGAAGAAAUUCCUCCGGGGGAUGAAGGAUGGCUUUGCCCUGCAUGUGUGUGCAAAGCAGACUAUAUAGAUGCGUUAAAUGAACUUCAAGGAAGCAAACUCUCCAUUCAUGACUCAUGGAAAGUUUUCCCUGAGGCAGCUUCAACUGCCAAUGGUUCUAAACAAGUUGAUGCUUCUGAUCUGCUGCCAGAUCAUAUAAAGGACAGUGCUAACCUUGCAUUGGUUGGAACGCACAUGGUGAAUGAAAUCAGGUUUUCUGAAGAGGAUGAUAGCAAAGCGGAUGACCUCGGCUUGCCUUCGGAGGACUCAGGGGAUGGUGACUUCGAUCCAGCAGGUCCAGAUUCUAGUGAAGACCAAAAUGAUGGAUUGAACUCAGAAGAGUCAGAUUUCACAUCUGACUCUGAUUAUUUUUGUGCUGAGAUUGCUAAAUCUUGCGGCCAGGAUGAAGUCUCGGCAUCUCCAUUAUCAAAUGUGAUAAACCGUACUGAUAGAAUGAAACUCAGGGCCUACAGUAGACGCUCUAAUGAAGAAAACCACAAUCAUGCAUUUAUGGACAUGGAGCUAGAGCAAGACAUAGUGCUACCAGUUCCAAGCAGGCGGCAGGUUGAACGGUUGGAUUACAAAAAACUAUACGAUGAGGCAUAUGAGGAAGAAUCAUCUAAUUCAAGUGAUGAAGAAGAGUGGUCUGGAAAAGAACUCUUAGAAGGCAGUGGAACAGAUUCACUUGAUGAGCGACUUCGUCCUGUAAAACGGUGCUCUAGAAGAGCACCAGCAGGGCAGCAGAAUAAUGAACUUACACCACAGAGCCGGCCUCAUGGUUCUAACAGUGAGCAGAAAACUGAAGUUCUUCGCUCCAAUGGCAGUAGUAGCACAGGACGGAAGUAUGAUCCUGAAGUUACCCAGAAAUUGAAGGUGCAUUUUGAGAAAGAUCCAUAUCCUAGCCGUGAAACAAAAGAAAAUCUAUCAGAAGAACUAGGCUUGACAUUUAAUCAGGUCUCCAAAUGGUUCUCUAGUACUCGUCACUAUUCAAGGGUUGCUUCUGCCAAAAAAGAAAUGCAUCCUGACAGCCAUACUUGUGAGAAUAAUGAUGAGACAACUGUAGACAGCAUGCAAGCAAAACAACCCAAUGCUGGGGUGAUGGAAAAGUUGACGGGGGAUAGAAAUGGCAUUGUUCCUGAGAAACCGAUGGUGCAGGACAAUCUUAACCAAGGAGCGAUGGAAAAGUUAACUAGGGAUAAAAAUGACAUUGUUCCUGAGAAACCGGUGAUGCAGAGCAGUCUUAACCAAUGUAAUAAUGAAGAUAUACCGCUUUCUGGAACAGAAAUUGAGAUGGAGUCUUACGAACAAGAAUCAUCUGACUCAAGUGAUGAAGAGUGGUCCAUACUUAGCACACCACGAAAAACAAGAUUACAAGACCAUGGAAAAUCAUCAGUUACUGAAUCACUUCGUUCUGCAAAACGGUGUUCCAGAAGAGCACCAGCUAGGGAGCAGAAUAAUGAACGUAUUCAGAGUGAGCAGCUUCAUGGUUCUGCAAGUGAGCAGCAAACUGAAUUUCUUCGCUCCAAUGUCAGCAGUGGCAAGGUCUCAAAAUAUCAUUUUGGCCCUAUAGUUAGUCAGAAGCUUAAGGAACAUUUUGAAAAAGAUCCAUAUCCUUGCCGUGCAACAAAAGAGAGUCUGGCACAAGAGCUAGGACUGACAUUUAAUCAGAUCAGUAAGUGGUUCUCUGGCACUCGUCAUUAUUCAAGAGAUGCUGUUGCCAAGAAUCAGAAACGCCCGGGAGAAAAUACUACUGUGAAUAAUAAUAGCACAACCUUUGAUGACAUACAAGUAAUAGAACCCAAUGUUGGGUUGAUAGAUAAACCAGCUGCAGAUGUAAAUGACAUGAUUUCUGAAAAGUUGAUGGUCCAAAUAAAUCUUAACGAAGGCAUUGAAGAAGAUAUCCCACCGAGCCAAUAUGCCAGGUGUGAAGAGAAAAUAACUAUGACUCCAGCUGCCAUCUCAAGGGAAGCUGGUCUUCCAGGAUAUGGUCCUGGUCCUGGAGAAAACUUUCUUCAGGUCAGUUCAAGGAAUACUAGCUGUGAGCAGAGUGUGAUACUGGCUCCUACCGCUAUCGCAAGAGAAGUUGGUCCACCAGGAUAUGCGACUGGAGAAAACCAGGGCAAUGGGGCUCCAUGGAAUACAAGUUAUGAGCGAAGACUAUUUAUGAAUCCUGUGACCAGCUCAAGAGCAGUCAGUCCUCCAGGAUAUGGGCCUGAAGAAAGCCGAGGCAGUGGCAUUUCCUGGAAUACAAGCAGUGAACAAAUAUUGUUUAUGAGUCCUACAACCAUCUCAAGAGAACUUGGUCCACCAGGAUAUGGGCCUAGAGAAGACCAGUGCAGUGGCACUUCAUGGAAUGCAAGCUGCGAGUUGGGAGUAUUUAUGAGUCCUGUGACCACCUCAAGAGAAGACAGUCCGCCAGGAUAUGGGCCUCGAGAAAACCAGGAGAAUGACAAUAUGAGAUGCGAGUUGAGAAUGUUUACAAGUCCUACAACCAUCUCCAGAGAAGUUGGCCCACCAGGAUAUGAGCUUACUGGAAAAAACAAGGGCAACGGCGCUUCAUGUACUACGAAUUACCAGCAGGGAGCGUUUACGAGUCCUGAAGCCUUCCCAAGAGAAGCCUGUCCUCCAGGAUUUGUGUCUGGAGAGAACCAGGGUAACGACACUCCAUGGUAUAUGAGCAGCAAACAGAUGGCGUUUACGAGUCCUACGACCAACCCUAGAGUAGGUCCGCCAGGGUAUGGACAGGAAAACCAGGGCAGUCGUGUUUCUUGGAAUACGAGUUAUGAGCAGGGAGUGUUUAUGAGUUCUACAAACAUCUCAAGAGAAGCCGGUCCGCCAGGUUAUGGGCCUGGGGAAAGUCAGGGCAAUAUCACUUCAUGGAUUUCGACAGGCGGGCAGAGAAUGUUUACAGGUCCUUCAACUAUCCCGAACGAAGUCGGGCAGCAAGGAUAUGGCCCUUCAGGAAUCCCGGGAACGGAUGGCUCAAGGAGUAUGGACUUGAAAGCCUUUCCACCAGGAUAUGGACCUGCUGGAGAAAACCAGGGCGGUGGUGCUUCAGGGAGCGUCAUAAGCCCCCAAGCUCGGUCUGCAGAGAACGUAGAGUUUUCAGACGACGCUAGAAAAAAGGCUAUACAGCGGGAGCUGAGACGGCGGCAGAAGUUCAGGUGAUGGCCGUGAUGCGAAUUUCUGAUCUUGCUCAUCGAAUUUUGACUACGGAUUACUACUUUUUAAGACUACAUAUCCAGUCUUGAUGGCUGAAUGAGUGACGACCCUAGUUGUCGAGACGCAAAACCUUUUGUUGUAUGUGUUCCUUUUACAGACUUCCUUGGCUUGUCAUGAAUUUCUAAUGUGAACUUGUGCUGUGAACUUGUUGCAAAACCUCUUGAACCUGAAGCAUUCAACAUGAUGUGAGCUUGUGCAGUUACUCUUC